GUAAAGAGCAUGCAGCUCAUCAUCACACUGCAGGCGCUGGUGGAAGAUUCUGUGUUUACGACCGUUUAAUGCAUCGAACUUAUCAGGAAACCUUCACGUUCAACGCCUGAACCAUGAACAAACGAAAACUGAGUCUGAAGUGGUUUGGGAGCCUUACCAAUCUCUCCACCCGCCGCUCGCCGGGGAAGGCCAACAUUAAGGCGGCCCCGGAGCAUGAUGGGAGCCUAGAAAGGAGCCUACAUGUAAGUGUAGAUGCCAAAUCAGCAGCAGUGGGGGACCAGUCAGUGGAUGACAUGGAGUCCUGCCUCCACAGCCCCAGCUACGCCCGCUCCAGCGACAUGUACACACAUGUGGGCACUGUGCCCCGCAAUGAGAAGAAGAAGAAGAGCUACAGGGAGAUGAAGGACAAGAAGAAGAACAAGAAGAAAGAGGAGGAGGAGCGGGUGAGUGGAGGGCAGAGCCAGUGGAAGGCGGGGGAACAUGUCAGAGACUCGCCCCUGCUCAGUGCCCUGUCCAGCCUCAGUUUGACCAGUCUGGACCAGCCUCUGCCUGUUUCUGCACCGGCCCGGCCUCUGCCCACUACUCCGACACCCAGCUGGGCUUCACCUUUGACCUCAGGACCUGAGAGCCGCUUCAGGGAUCCUUCAGGGGAGCCCAUUAACAGCCAAGAAGCAUUGUCAAGAAGCAGGGAUGCUUUAGAAACUACUAGACCUGUAGAAAAGCCAUCAAACAUGGCAACCAGCAGUCCCAAAGGGGCUGCAAUGCAGGAUGUGUACGUGCCAAUGGACCCGAUAGCUGAGGCUGUUUGUGACCACGUGGGCGACAAAAAGAGGCGACAGCAAGGACUCACCAGCGCACAGGAAACCACAAACCCAGAGGAAGGUUCGCAGAAAGUGACGAGGGCAGACAGCCAACGUGACUUAACGGACAGCAGUGGAGAAUACGUGAAGUUCUCCAAAGAGAAAUUCUGGUUGGAGCCACCGUCGGAGAAACAGAGGAAGCAGCUGGAGGAGGAGCUGAAGCUGAGCGGCACAAACCUGAAGAGCCACGCCUGGUACCACGGACCCAUCCCCUGGGAGGUGUCAGAGAGCCUGGUGGUGAACCACGGCGACUUCCUCGUCAGAGACUCUCAGUCCAGUCAGGGCGACUUUGUCCUCACCGGCCACUGGGAGCAGAAGACACUUCACUUGCUCAUCAGAAAGACGGUGGUUCAGUCCAGUGAGACGUACACGCGGGUCCGUUACAGCCUGGAGGGCGAGGCUUUCGAGUCCUUACCGGCCCUCGUUCACUUCUACGUGGGCAGCAGGGCGGCUCUGACCCGGUGGAGCGGGGCUCAGAUUCACCAGCCGGUGAACAGGACGCUGCCGCUCAGCUACCUGGAGACGGCCUUCUGCACCGCCGUCAGCCCGCCGUCCUGCCCCCGAGGGCUGAGGAACAGCAGCGUGAGCGGAGAGGACAGGGUGUGUCCGAGCAGUCCUUCCUCUGUCCACCACAGGGAGGCAGAUGUUAACAGAGAACAGGACAACAACACUCUGCUGACUCCUGGAGAUUCCUCUCUCUCUGCUCCGUACAGCAACAACAUCCCACUGUCCAGAAGUCCUUGCAGUAGCCGGGCAGCCAGUGUGGCUCCAUCCCCGUCCCUCCCCAGGCGCUCGGAUACCACUCAGCCCACGUCCUCCCCGAACUGCACCCUCCACAGACAGAGUAACAACAGACCCCGGCCUCAUCUGAACCAGGACUCCCUCUCCUCUGACACAGACGGAAGCUGCUACACAGAGCUGUACCCCAGCCCUCAGAGCUACGUGGAGAGGCUGCGGGUGGAGGAAGGGUCAGUGGAUGUCAGUCCAUGGAGGGGGGAGGACGGGAAUGUGUACUUCUCACCGGUGGUGGAGACGGUUUCUUCUUUGAAACCGGGCCAGUACCACUCGACGUUGAUGCCCAAGGAGAAUAAGCCUUUGGAGGUGGGAAUUCUGCGGAGGGUAAAGGAGCUUCUGACCGAGAUCGAUCCCAGGACGGCGGCCAAACAUAUCACCAAGGCUGACUGCAUGAUGGCCAGAAUUCUGGAGGUGACUCCAGAGAUGCAGAGGAUGAUGGGAGUUAGUUCUGGGAUGGAGCUGCUCACGUUGCCACACGGCCAUCAGCUGAGACUGGACCUGCUGGAGAGGUUUCAAACCAUGGCCAUCAUGCUGGCUGUGGACGUGUUGGGCUGCACGGGGACGAAUGAGGAGCGAGCUGGUCUACUGCAUAAAAUCAUCCAAAUCGCUGCUGAGCUCAAGAGCACCAUGGGAAACAUGUUUGGCUUCGCUGCCUUCAUGAGGGCCUUAGAGCUGCCGCAGGUGUCCCGUCUGGAGCAGACCUGGAUGGCGUUACGCCAGCGACACACAGAGGGCGCUAUUCUCUACGAGAAAACGCUGAGGCCGUUCAUGAAGAGUCUGAACGAUGGGAGAGAAAGCUGUCCGCUGUCCAACACCACCUUCCCCCACGUCCUCCCCCUCCUGUCUCUGCUGGAGAAGAGUGUGGCGGUGGGCGAGGGGACGGAGCCUUGGGAGACGGUGGACGUCGGCGUGGACGUGGUCAUGUUCCACCUGGGGGCUGCGAGGACCAUCGCACAGCUGGGGGGCAUCUACCGAUCCAAUGCUGAGAGCAAACUACACGGUACGCGAGGUUUCCAGGAGCAGGCCGAGGUCCUGGAGCUCUUCCUGACCGACUUCCAGAUGAGGCUGCUGUGGGGGAGCAGGGGAGCCACGGAGAACCAGGCUCUGCGAUACACCAAGUUUGACCAGGUGCUGACGGCUUUGUCCAACAAGCUGGAGCCGCCUGUCAGGUCACACUGACCCCAGAUCUGUGCUUAAUAACCUGCUCUUCCUGGAUGGCUGCCCUGUCACACUCUCAUUCCACUUCUCAUUGCUCUGGUGGACAUGUGGAACUUUUUUCUUCUCAUUGUUUUCUCAGUUACCGUCCUCAUCACUGUCUCAUUUAGCACUAAAUAUAUUCUGAGCUGUGGAGUUAAACAGUUUCAAAGUGCCUGAGUCAGAAAUCAGCCUGUUUUCCUGCCAGCUUCCUUUGUUUGAUGUGAGUUAGGUGUCUCACUGGGGGACUCUGUCUGUCUCACACUGAACCAAAAUGUGAACAUAAGUUAUCAGUGUAAAUAUGUGGUACUGUGCCAGGUUCUGUGUUCAUACUGCUUUUGUUCUGCAGAAAAAAAGGAAAAAAAUGUUCUAUUACAAGAAUCAUGAGAUCUGUUCUCGUGAAAACAGUUACAGAGAUGAGGCCGAGCCUCAGUCUGUUAAUGUAUAGAGAGGUUUUUAUGUCUGUGUGAAGGCUGGACCUUCCCUAAAUCCAGUGCACCAACUGUACUGUAUGUCAUAUUGUACAACCAGUAACAUAAUGAUGUCGUAUCCACAUUUCUACAGUUACAUGUUUUGUAUAGUGUUUAUUGUCGUGUGUUAAUCAUUAGGAUUUUCUAAUUUGAAGUGAAUAUUUAAUAUAACCUGGGAUCAGAUUACUGGUGCUGCUCUCAGUGCUGGGAUCAGCUCAGAACUCGUCUUCUUUCCAAGAACAGCACACAGGUACAGAACAUUUCUAUUACCUUACAUAGUAUUAAUGUCUAAUAUUUAUAUGAAAUGUACAUGAACAUGUUUAACUCACUGUCAAACCCAGUUUAUUGGAUAAAACUCGUAAACAUCUGUCAGUCUCAUGCUCAUGUUUGAAGUGUGAAGUGAGACCUUUUUUUUAAAUGUUCUGGCUACCCGUGGCCACACCCUCAGCUGGUAGUUUGACCGAGCUCUUAAUAAUCAGACUGAUCCAGCUCUCUCAGGUUUGAUGGGUCACAGCCGACCAUUUCAGAUCGGUCCAGUAUUUUCUUCUCUGAUGUAUGGUGAGGGUCACUCCUGUCAGAGGAGCCGUGACCUUCAGCUCAGACAGGGUGAGCAGGGUGGUGCACACAAUGAUACCAAACAGCUCAAAGAGGACUUCUCCAUUUAAACAGGCUAGAUGAGUAAUUAUACGUGUGAUAGUGGUUGAAGACAAUAGUCUGCUUGAAAUAUAACUACAGUCCACUUAUUUAUUACCACUUCUAAGGGGAACCACUCAUUUUGUCCUGAUCCUUGUAGAAUAAGCAGGAAUUCAGCUCUGCUCACAGCUUCCUGGUUUUGUGGUAAACCAAAAGUUUGCAUGACAAAACCACUGAUUACUGAUGUUGAUUUUAAGUUCAUGAAAUAAAACGUGACAGUGUGUUAACAUUGGAAUAAAGGUUCAUUUAAUGUG